AUGGGUAAAGUUCCUCACAAUUUCCGAGAAUUCUUUACUUUGUUGGAUACAGAAAAAAAAACUUCAAAUAAAAAGGCUGUUUGUAAUUUUUGUAUUAAAGAGUAUACAUUACCUGUUGCAUCUGUAAAACCAGAUUGUUUUGUUUCAAACAAAGCAAAACUUUGUCGAACUGAAGAGUUACCUUUCAACAAAUCAUCAACAGCCACUUCUAACAAACAGCCUUUAAUUGAGAAUUAUUUUUCAAAACCUUUAUCAAAAAAAAAUAAUUCAUACUUUGAAAUUUUAUUAUUAAGAAUGUUAGUUUCAAAUGGGUUGUCAUUCACAUUUUUAGAAAACCAAGAAACAAAAGAUGUAUUUAAUUUUAUUUCGCCAGCUAUAAAAUUACCUGGUCGACAAGCAAUGAGCAAUCGGAUUUUACCACAAUCAACUAAAUUGUUAAGAGAAUCAAUCAUCCAAUUAGCCAGUAAUGAUAAAAUUGGAGUAACUGCAGCUCUGGAUGGUUGGGUCAAUAUAAAACAAGAACACUUAUUAGGUAUCAUUUUUAUAACAUCAACUGGUGAAUCUCUUGUUUGGGGAGUAAGAGAUAUCAGCGACCAAAGGUCAAAAACGGAUGAUGUUGUAAGGCAUAUCAAGGAAAUAAUGUAUGAGGCCGAAGAAAAUAAAAUUAAAAUUAACUGUUUUGUUUCGGAUUCUGCCGGAGAAUAUGCUGCCGCUAGGUUAUAUAUUAAUUUAAAAAUUACAUAA